UUUUUUUUUCUACGAAGUGUCGUCUGUUGUUCGUUUGUGAAAGUUGUAGAAAAGAAGCGAGUUAAACUGGCAUAUAUUGCAAGAGCACAUGAGCUGUUUUUGAUGUAUUCUUGUUUUGUUUUUUUUGUCGAUAAACGGGGAUUUUGACACAAAUACAUUUUGUUCCAGUGUCGCGUGAUUUGAGCCUGACCGUCGGUUAGCCACUUAGCUUUUGAGCUAAUGUGUGACGACUAACGGGGAGACUCACCUAUUUUUUUUAAGUACAACUGUUGUGAACAGCCGAAAAAGAAAUGGGCUCAUCAAAGAAACACAAAGAAAAGAACCGCGACAAGGAUACAGAAGAUCGCCGCCGCGAACAUAAGAAACAUCGGCACAAGGAGAGGGACAGAGAUGCUGCGGAUCGAGACGGGCCUCGAGAAAGAGACAAACGGAAACGCUCCAGGUCCCGAGAGAGAAGCGGACGGGAGAGCCGCAGCAAAGGUGAAAAGAGCAGCGGGGAGCUCCGGGUGAAGAAGGAGAAAGUUGAUCGCAGUUAUGAGGACACCAGUAACGACGUGGGGCCUACGUCUGCCAGCGGAGACGCUUCUCUCAGCAUCGAGGAGACAAACAAACUCCGAGCCAAGCUGGGUCUGAAGCCUUUGGAGUUAAACGAGAACAAAAAAGAGCUCGGGACCAAAGAUGAGCCGCUUGUGGCUGAGACGAUCAACCCUGUUCUCAUACAGCAGCAGAAAGAGAUGAGAGAAAAGCUCGCUGCCAUGAAAGAAAAACGCCUCCUCAACCAAAAAUUGGGCAAAGUGAAAAGCCUUGCAGAGGAUGACUGGCUCGACAACACGCUUGCUUGGGUGGAAAGAAGCCGAAAACUUGCAAGAGAGAAAGAGAUGGCAGAGAAACGUGCCAAACUUCUGCAAGAGAUGGAUGAAGAGUUCGGCGUGAGCGCUCUGGUUGAACAGGAGUUUGCACAAAGCAAGAUGGAUUCUUAUACAUCUCAGCAUCUCAAGGGACUCAAGGUACAACACAAGGUGGAGUCCUUCAAUGAGGGCCAGUCUGUCAUCUUAACUCUACAAGACAAAGGCGUACUUGAAGAGGAGGAAGAUGUGCUCAUAAAUGUGGGUCUUGUUGACAAAGAGAAAGCAGAACGAAACGUGGAGUUAAAAAAGAAAAAGCCAGAUUACAAGCCCUAUGAAGAGGAGGAGAGUGUUGACGACAUGAUUGUUUUUAAGCCCCGGUCUGUGCUGGCAAAGUACGAUGAAGAGAUAGAGGGUGAAAAGAAAAAGAGUUUCCGGUUGAGCACAGGUGGCUUGGCUGACGGGGGGCACGUGAAAGAGCUCCAGGCCAUGAGAGAAACUCUGCGAUGUCAGGCACAGUCCUUGCAAAUGCCUGGACUCAUUCUGGCCUCAGAAUACUUGACGCCCCAAGAAAUGGUGGGCUUCAAAAAAACAAAGCGACGCGUGAAGAAAAUCAGGAAGAAGGAGAAGCAGACAUUUGCAGAUGAACUUGUCGACGACACACGCCACUCUGACUUUGGCUCAAGGACACGCGGCCGUGGCCGCAGACAGAUGGAUGAUGAUGCUGAUGAAGUUAAAGAGGAGAGUGAAGCGACCCAUGAUAACCCCCAAUUGUCUGAUGAUGUUAGGGCAGCAGAAAUGGACAUAAGUGAAGACGAGGACUUCACACCUACUGAGCCAGCUGUAAUUGAGGAAGAUGAGGCAGAGCAGGAGCUGCAGAAACAGCUGGAGAAGCAGAGGAAGCUGAAGCAAAAGCAGCUUCUCAAAGACUCUGGUGAGAAGGUGGCAGAGCAGAUCAUAAUGCUCAGUAGAGCUGACAAUGACAAUGAUCCAGAGAGGCGCAACAACAUUGUUUUUAACGCCACCUCUGAGUUUUGCAGAACUCUGGGUGAUAUUCCUACUUACGGCCUUUCAGGCAACAGAGAGGACCAAGAGGACAUCAUGGAUUUUGAACAAGAUGCCGAAAAAGAGGAUGCCGGGGGCUCUGACUCAGACAUGGAUGAGAACAUUGGGUGGAGCACAGUCAACUUGGACGAGGAGCAGAAGCAACCCGAUUUCUCCACUGCCUCCACCACAAUUUUGGAUGAAGAGCCCAUUGUCAACUCUGGCCUGGCUGCUGCAUUGCUACUAUGCAAAAACAAAGGUCUGUUGGACACACAAAUGCAGAAAGUAGCACGUGUCAAAGCUCCAAAAGGUGCCCUGCCCAAUGGCAACUACUGCAUCGAGGACAAGAUGGGUUUCGAUGACAAGUACAGUCGUAGAGAAGAAUACAGAGGCUUCACACAAGACUUCAAGGAGAAAGAAAGCUAUAAACCUGACGUCAAGAUUGAAUAUGUCGACGAGUCAGGGAGGAAACUCGCCCCCAAAGAAGCUUUCAGGCAGCUUUCACAUCGAUUCCAUGGGAAAGGGUCUGGAAAGAUGAAGACUGAGCGGAGGAUGAAAAAGUUGGAAGAAGAGGCCCUGCUGAAGAAGAUGAGCAGCAGCGAUACACCUCUAGGGACAGUUGCUUUGCUUCAAGAAAAACAGAAAUCUCAGAAAACACCAUAUAUUGUCCUUAGUGGGAGUGGAAAAAGUAUGAAUGCAAACACCAUCACCAAAUAGAAGCAGUGUUAGCAUGACAACAUUCGUACAAGCUCUUAAGUCAAAUAAUUAAUUUGAUUCUGGUCCUAACUCUAUGAAGAAGUGCUCAAAUACGUAAAUUAAGUGGUGGUGUUUUUUUUCUCAUUUUGUAUUGCAACAUAUCAAGAUAAGACACAAUUUGGUGUUCUCUGUAAUUUCUGAACACUCAAAUGUAACAGAGUAGCUGUCAUUAUGAUGUAAUUUAGUUAACAGCUGUUUCACAUUUUGAGGCACACAUUCAGAAAGUGAUAUACUUGGUGUAAAACUGGCAAAAGUAGAUUAUAAGGUUUUUGUGUUUAAGAUAUGAAUCUGUAAAACUUGUGAUCUUUGUGCAGCAACCAUACUUCAGACCAGAUUUAAGUAAAA